CUUCGUUUCUCCAGCUUCUAGCAAUGUUCGCACGCGCGACACGCUUUGCUGCAUCGUCGUCUGCAUCAAUGACCUUGCGUUCGACCGUCAUACUGCGCGAUACGUUGGUGCGAUCGAGCGAGGCGACCGGCCUGGGAUUGCCUGGUCCAUGCGCACCCGGCCAUGAUGGACGUAGCAUGGUGACCGUCGCCCAGUCCCUCGCCCACCCGCCAUCGCGACCGUCAUCUUCAUUCUGGUCAUCAUCAUCAUCAUCAUCGUCGAUGUCGUCGUCGAUCAAGGCUGUCAACGCGAGCAUGGCGCCGAUGAGCUUGAGCGUCGCUCGCCUUCAUGCCAAGACAAUGCACUCGUCGACAUCCUCAGCCCCUCCGCCAAAGCCAGAGCCCACAACCAAGCAUCCGGAUUCAAGCAAGGUGCCGCCAUUCAUUGCCGUCUCUGGAUCCGCGAGUGGAACGCCCAAUGCCCAGCCAACUGCUUCUGCUCCUACUCCUCCUCCUCCUCCUCAAGCAACGAGUUCUGCAACGGAAACGUCGUCUCAACCAUCAUCUGCAAGGGCAGUCACACCGGAGCAGUACUGCAUGGAUCUAGUCAAGAAAAAUGAUUACGAGCACUAUCUGGAAACCUUGCUGCUUCCGAAGCGCGCACGAGAUGUGUCUUUUGCUGUGCGCGCUUUGAACGUCGAGGUGGCGCGCGUGAGCGAUGUUACCACUAGCAAGCACGCAGGACGUAUUCGCCUCCAAUUCUGGCUGGACGCCGUUGCCGCAGCUGCCAAGCAACAGGGCACACCGCACCACCCUGUAGCUCAGGCACUUCAGAAUGUAUACAAGACGCAGAAACUCACUUCACGAUGGGUGUCGCGGCUGAUUGAAGAGCGGACAAAACUUCUUGAUGACAAACCUUUUGGCACGCUUCAAGACGUCGAAACCUAUGGCGAGAAUACGUAUUCUGGGUUGCUUUAUCUAACUCUCGAAAGCAUGGGCAUCCAAAGCAUCCAAGCCGAUCAUGCCGCCAGCCACGUUGGCAAGGCAGAAGCGAUCGUCACGCUUCUUCGCGCUACUCCUGCAAAUGCUUCCAACCGUCGUGUGUACUUGCCAAUGGAGCUAACUGCCAAGCACGGAGUUGUGCAGGAGGAUGUCGUGCGAGGAGUCAACACGAAGGCUCUCCAAGAAGUCGCGUAUGAAUUGGCCAGCAGCGCACACGUCCACUUGCAAACUGCCCAAGCCAUGGCUGCAGAUCUGCCCGCUGGAACUGCUAAAGUUUUGCUGCCCGCUGUCCCUUGUGCCGAGUUUCUGGAGCGGAUUCAGCAAGCCGACUUUAAUUUGUUCGAGCCUUCGCUGCAGCAACGCAAUCCAAUGCUCCCCUUCAGUUUAUUCAAGCAUUCGUGGCGCAAGACGUUCUGAAGCUGGCCGCUCGUGUUGCUGAUUGAUUCUGUUGACAAUGUAAACAGAUACAAGAAACGGAAAUUGGGGAAAAAACAACAAGUUGAA